CGAGUCGCACGACGACUGCUGUGGUCGCAACCUGCAUUCACUACCGCGGCACCUACCAUGGCCAACUUCGCUACCGCCUCGUUCCUCAACUCCCUCAAAGCCAUCUAUCCAGCCAGCGGACCCUCAACCACCGCAUAUCCCGGCGCGCUGCCGAAUCCGUGGGUCGUGGUCACCGCGGUCGCGUUCAGCGCGUCCAACGUGCCCGAUGCGGUCCCGGUUGUCUUCAAGCACGCGCUGGAAGAGCUGAAGGCGGGGCAGAAGGCGCAGGGUGUCGCGGACGACGUGGCACUGAAGGAGCAGCUCGUGCUCGCGAGGAAAAUUCGCGAGGGUGUCCUCCAGAGCGGACUGCUGAGCGGGUUUCCAAGGACAAUUAACACACUUAUCGCGCUAGGCGAGGUCAUGCCGGAGAGCCUGCGCGAGUCAAAACCUCUGCGCUCGUCGAACAAACAUAUGACGGAGUACGACAAGAACGGCGAAAAGCUCUUUCGGUCAAUGUACCGCGACACGGCAGACUCCGUGCAGGGCCUGCUCGACUCUGCCUACCCCGACCUAGGCUGGUGGUGCAACACCAUCGGGUACGGCGUGAUGUACGGCGGGGCGGACGUGCUGACGCAGGUCGAGUCGACGUACGCGAUCGUUGCUGCGCUCAUCGCCGUCGAUGCGCCGCGCCAGGUCGGCUGGCAUCUCGCAAAUGCUCGUCACGGCGGCGCGUCUCUUGAGGAGGCGCGAGCUGUGCGUCGCAUCGCGAUGGAGGUCGCGCAGCUCGUCGGUGUCACUUGGAAGAACGGUGUCCCUGAAGUCGAACCCUGAGUCGUCCAGGCUGGACCCUCGGACGAUAUGAGGUGGUAUAUUCGGCGAUGUCGAAUGCUUAAGCGCACCGCUGCGCGGAAUAUAAUGAUACUUACGAUUGUACCGGACCUAGCGGUGAACAGCCAGCGACGCGCCCGCCAAAUGAAGCACGGA